UCACCCUGGGCAGCACAGUCCCACCUCCCGGGGCUGCUAAGAGGUGUGAGGGGAGGGGAGGAGGUGGCAGCUGCGGGCUGCGCCCUGCGCUGGCGGAUAGGGGGAGGCGGGCGCAGUCCACCCAAGGGUGGAGAAGGGAGCAGGCGACGGGCGCGCGUUCCCGGGCUCGUGACCGCCGGCCGCCCCGGGAACCAGGCGCCCACGCGCCCUUGCGGAGAUGGCAGGCGGAGAGGACCAGCGCGUCGUGGGCACCGUCCACCUGCUGCUGCUGCUGGCAGCCACCCAGGCCCCGGCGGCCGAGAGUCUGGCCUCUUGGGUGGAGGAGAAGAAUUAUCACCAACCAGCUAUUCUGAAUUCAUCAUCUCUUCGGCAAAUUGCAGAAGGUACCAGUAUUUCUGAUAUGUGGCAACAUGACUUACGACCCUUGCUGAUAGAAAGAUACCCAGGAUCACCUGGGAGCUAUGCUGCCCGGCAGCACAUCAUGCAGCGCCUUCAGAAACUUCAGGCUGACUGGGUUUUGGAAGUAGACACCUUCUUGAGUAAGACACCCUAUGGGUACCGGUCUUUCUCAAAUAUUAUCAGCACCCUCAACCCCACUGCCAAACGACACUUGGUCCUUGCCUGCCACUACGACUCCAAGUACUUUCCACGCUGGGACAACAGGGUUUUUGUCGGAGCCACUGAUUCAGCUGUGCCCUGUGCCAUGAUGUUGGAACUAGCCCGUGCCUUAGACAAGCAACUCCUUUCCUUGAAGGAUGUCUCAGGCUCCAAGCCAGAUCUCUCGCUGCGACUAAUUUUCUUUGAUGGAGAAGAGGCUUUCCUUCACUGGUCUCCUCAGGAUUCUCUGUAUGGGUCUCGGCACUUAGCUAUGAAGAUGGCAUCGACCACCCACCCACCCGGAGCGACGGGCACCAACCAACUGCAUGGCUUGGAUUUAAUGGUCUUACUGGAUUUAAUUGGAGCCCGAAACCCAACGUUUCCCAAUUUUUUUCCAAACUCUGCCAGAUGGUUUGAUAGGCUUCAAGCAAUUGAACAGGAACUCCAUGAAUUAGGCUUGCUCAAGGAUCACUCUUUGGAGAGGCGAUAUUUCCAGAAUUUUGGUUAUGGAAAUGUUAUUCAGGAUGACCAUAUUCCAUUUUUAAGAAAAGGUGUCCCAAUUCUGCAUCUGAUAACCUCUCCUUUCCCUGAAGUCUGGCACACUAUGGAUGACAAUGAAGAAAAUCUGGAUGAGUCAACCAUUGAUAAUCUAAACAAAAUCAUCCAAGUCUUUGUGUUGGAGUAUCUUCAUCUGUAAUAUUCUAAUUUAGUCAUGGUAAUGACUUCUAUAUCAAAUUCAAAAGAUAUGGCAUUAUAUAAAAUAAUCUGAUUCCAGAUAAAUUUCAGGUGGAACCUUUCAUCUUACAGGUUUGUUAUGUAGAUAUCUUUGAGUAUGUGAACAGUGAAUCCCACUAUUACAUCUUGUUCUCAAUUAUUUAUUGAUUUUUAUCCAGAGAUAAAAGAGAAUUUGUAAAAAAACAAAACAAGUAACUUUUUGAAAUUCACUUAGAUAGAAACUAUGGAAUGAAAUUUAAAUCACUUACACUUUUAAACAUUAAUAAGAUUAAAUAUAAAAAACCAACAUGGUUUUGUGAUUUUUUUAGUUUUAUGAUUUUUUUUAAUAUUUGGAAAUCUAUUAUGUAAUACAAAGCAAAGUUGUAUUUGAAGGUUCCUAAAAUCUUUUGAGACAUGUUGUAGGGUUAAUUUUCUGGAAACUAAAAUCUGAAUCAAAUGUAUGUUGUUAUUUUCAUAUAUAUAUAUAUAUAUAUAUAUGGAAGUAUAUCAUUCAAUGUAUGACCCAAUUUUUAUAGUUUUGCAAAAAUUUGGUUGUAAAAAUAAUACUGUCAUUAUAUAAAUUCAUUGGAAAAGUUAUAUAAAAAAGAAAAUUUAUCCUA